AUGGAUCAGUCGGAACCCGAGUUACCUCAGACCCAGUCUACUGGGCAGGGCACUCAAGCCACAAUCGUCGAUUCUACUCCAGAACAAAAUCCCGCCAAUGUUCCACAACAGGACAACACCGAUUCUAUCCCAGAACAAAACUCCGUCAAUGCUCCUGAAGAGAGCAAUCCUUCCAUGUCAACUCAAUCCGCCGAUACAAUGUCAACAAUUGGAUCGAUUCUGAAACUUGGGGAACCCUUUCGCGAGAAUGCCCGGCCGGUCUCCUCGCCCUCGUUGGGCCCCACUCUGGAAGUGGUGGUUCCACCUCCAAAGUCAACUGCUGCAAACGAGAAUGCCGCAGAAGAUCUUCAGAAUCCCCCAAAACAAACCGAUUCACCAAACCCAUUCUUAGACGCUCCCAAGGAAGGUGCGUCUCACAUCCAACACCAAGAAGAUAAUACGACCACGGAUGUGGACGAACCACAAGCUUCCCCCCGACUGCCAAGACGAGGUAGGAGUAAUCCAACCACUCCCGAACUGAGACCUCAUAAACGGGCACUUUGGACGCCAUUGGGGUACGGAACCCCACAGUAUGGCCUGCCAACGAAAGCUGCGCAAAGACUCGCCAAAGCUUCCACCCCCGCUUUGAAGCCUACCGUAAGACUGGGACGUACUGAUAGCAGGUCAGUACUGCCAACUAGGCGAUCGGAAAGGCUAGCAAAACUCAAGCGAAAUAUGCAUAGGCCCCCGGAGGAAGCCCAGCUGACUGUCUCGCUUACCACACAGCUGCCUAUACAACCUUUCCUGGAAUCCGGUGAUUCAACGAUGAGGGAGAUCAUAGAUAACCUUGGAAAGGAAUACCGGCAAGCCAAUCUUCAAGCAAGGAAUCAAUGA